AUGCAAUCCCCAUCAUUGGGGGUGGUCAAUGCUGCCGAUCCCAAUGCCAUAGCACUGGCACGGGAUCUCCUGGCAGCCGGUGAAGUGAUUGCCUUGCCCACGGAUACAGUAUACGGUCUUGCGUGUGAUGCCAACAAUGCCCAAGCCAUUCAGAAGGUUUACGAGAUCAAGGGACGCGAAGAGCGGAAACCGGUGGCAAUUUGUGUGGCAGAAAUUGAUGAUUUUCACCUUUGGGGCUGUGCUGAUCAUCUUCCACGUGAGAUGCUCAAGGAACUCCUUCCGGGUGCCGUGACAAUCGUUGUGGACAAAUCCCCGCGACUCAGCAAUCCAUACCUAAAUCCAGGUAUUAAGAGGAUUGGGAUUCGCAUCCCAGAUGCAUCAUUCAUCCGUGAUAUUUCACGAGCUUUCCGGAUGCCGAUUGCCCUCACCAGCGCCAAUCGUAGCAGUGAACCUAGCUCCCUGACUGUGGGGGAAUUUCAACCGUUGUGGCCACACUUGGGAGCUGUCUUCGAUGGAGGACAGCUGGGAGUGACGGAGGCUCAGAGAGCUGCAUCAACCGUUGUUAAUUUGUCCCAGGUGGGUGUCUACAGUAUCAUUCGGCGUGGUGUGGCCAUGCAGAAGACAGAGGAUGUCCUCAAGAAAUACAAUUUCCGCGAAGACAUUUAA